AUGCCGCUGACUGUUCCUUCUGCUUUGCGCUCUUUCGAUCGAAUUUACGUUUCGGGAACAGCCGAUAUCAUCUCAACGGUCGAGUUCGAUCACACCGGUGACUAUCUUGCCACUGGUGAUAAGGGGGGUCGUGUCGUCCUCUUCGAACGCAAUGACUCUGUGAGUAACUCUCUUGUCAUCAUCCCGCACUCGCGCGCUGCCAAAUGCGAAUAUACUGACCUUCGCGCCGUUUGCCGCCUGCUUGCCACCUCACAGAAAAAGGGCUGCGAGUACAAGUUCCAUACCGAGUUUCAGUCGCACGAGCCCGAGUUCGACUACCUCAAGUCUCUCGAAAUCGAAGAAAAGAUCAACAAGAUCAAGUGGUGCCGAAGACAGAACGCCGCUCACUUUUUGCUCAGUACAAAUGACAAGACGAUCAAGCUCUGGAAAGUGUUCGAGAAGACACUCAAAUUGGUAGCCGAAAACAAUCACAACGACAUGGGGUACGGCCAGACACGAGACCCAGACGUGCACCCAUCCUUGCUUCCCGUCCCCACACCAGUGCCCGGAAGCGGUGCGGGUCUCAGACUGCCGCGUCUCACACCCGUCGACACCAUCAUCGCAGCCGUGCCACGCAAGAUCUACGCCAAUGCACACGCCUACCACAUCAACUCGAUUUCGGUCAACUCGGACGGCGAGACGUACAUCAGCGCCGACGAUCUUCGCAUCAACCUUUGGAACCUCAACAUCAGCGAUCAGAGCUUCAACAUUGUCGACAUCAAACCGGUCAACAUGGAAGAGCUGACCGAAGUCAUCACUGCUGCUGAGUUCCACCCUAUCCACUGCAACCAGUUUGUCUACUCGAGCUCCAAGGGUACCAUCAAGCUGGCCGAUAUGCGAGACUCUGCGCUGUGCGAUGCGCACGCCAAGCAGUUUGAAGAAGAGGAGGAUCCUUCGACCAAGUCCUUCUUCAGCGAGAUCAUCAGCAGCAUAUCCGACGUCAAGUUUUCGCGAGACGGUCGGUACAUCCUGUCUCGCGACUACCUCACAUUGAAGAUCUGGGACGUCAACAUGGAGAACAAACCGGUGAAGACCAUCCCGAUCCACGACCACCUUCGAUCCAAGCUGUGCGAUCUGUACGAGAACGACUGCAUCUUUGACAAGUUCGAAGCGCUCUGGGGUCCCGAUGGCAAGAAAGUGUUGACGGGAAGCUACAACAACUACUUCCACAUUUUCGACAAGGACGAUAGCUCGGACGUUGUGCUGCAGGCGGACAAGUCGGCGUUCAAGGCCAAGAGGAUGGCAGGCGCCGGUAAGAAGGGCAACAAAGGCGCGGGUGCUGGUACGUUGGGUGCGCCGGGGCAGAUCAAUCUGGACAACCCGGAUUUCAACAAGAAGAUCCUCCAUGCCAGCUAUCACCCCAGGGAGAACACGAUUGCCAUCGCAGCGACGAAUAACCUCUUCAUCUUUUCGGCUAAUAAUCCUGCGGGCAUUCCGAUGGCAUAG